GGCUGGCGCGCGGAACGAAGAAUAAUCAUGGGCCAGACUGGGAAGAAAUCUGAGAAAGGACCAGUUUGUUGGCGGAAGCGUGUAAAAUCAGAAUACAUGCGACUGAGACAGCUCAAGAGGUUCAGACGAGCUGAUGAAGUAAAGAGUAUGUUUAGUUCCAAUCGUCAGAAAAUUAUGGAAAGAACUGAAAUCUUAAACCAAGAAUGGAAGCAGCGAAGGAUACAGCCUGUGCACAUCAUGACUUCUGUGAGCUCAUUGCGCGGGACUAGGGAGUGUUCAGUGACCAGUGAUUUGGAUUUUCCAACACAAGUCAUUCCAUUAAAGACCCUGAAUGCAGUUGCUUCCGUGCCCAUAAUGUAUUCGUGGUCUCCUCUGCAACAGAAUUUUAUGGUGGAAGAUGAAACUGUUUUACAUAAUAUUCCUUAUAUGGGGGAUGAAGUUUUAGACCAGGAUGGUACUUUUAUUGAAGAACUAAUAAAAAAUUAUGAUGGAAAAGUACAUGGAGAUAGAGAAUGUGGAUUUAUAAACGAUGAAAUAUUUGUGGAGUUGGUGAAUGCUCUUGGUCAAUACAAUGAUGAUGAUGAUGACGAUGAUGGAGAUGACCCUGAUGAAAGAGAAGAGAAACAGAAAGAUCUAGAGGAUAGUCAGGAUGAUAAAGAAAGUCGCCCACCUCGGAAAUUUCCUUCUGAUAAAAUUUUUGAAGCCAUUUCCUCUAUGUUUCCAGAUAAGGGUACAGCAGAAGAGCUAAAAGAAAAAUAUAAAGAGCUGACAGAGCAGCAGCUCCCAGGUGCACUUCCUCCUGAAUGUACCCCCAACAUAGAUGGACCAAAUGCUAAGUCUGUUCAGAGGGAGCAAAGCUUGCAUUCAUUUCAUACGCUGUUCUGUCGGCGAUGUUUUAAGUAUGACUGCUUCCUACAUCGUAAGUGCAAUUAUUCCUUCCAUGCAACCCCCAAUACAUACAAGCGGAAGAACACAGAAACUGCUCUGGACAACAAACCCUGUGGACCACAGUGUUAUCAGCAUUUGGAGGGGGCAAAGGAAUUUGCAGCUGCCCUCACUGCAGAGCGGGUCAAGACACCACCCAAGCGUCCUGGGGGCCGCAGAAGAGGGCGGCUUCCAAAUAACAGCAGCCGACCCAGCACCCCCACCAUCAAUGUGCUGGAGUCAAAGGAUACAGACAGUGACAGAGAAGCAGGGAUGGAAACUGGCGGAGAGAACAAUGAUAAAGAAGAAGAAGAGAAGAAAGAUGAAACUUCCAGCUCUUCCGAAGCAAAUUCUCGUUGUCAAACACCAGUCAAGAUGAAACCAAAUACGGAGCCUCCAGAGAACGUGGAGUGGAGUGGGGCCGAAGCCUCCAUGUUCAGAGUCCUCAUUGGCACUUACUAUGAUAACUUCUGUGCCAUUGCUAGGUUAAUUGGGACCAAGACCUGCAGACAGGUGUACGAAUUUAGAGUCAAAGAGUCCAGUAUCAUUGCACCUGCUCCGGCUGAAGACGUGGAUACACCUCCAAGAAAGAAGAAGAGGAAACACCGGUUGUGGGCUGCACACUGCAGAAAGAUACAGCUGAAAAAGGACGGCUCCUCUAACCAUGUUUACAACUAUCAACCCUGUGACCAUCCACGGCAGCCUUGUGACAGUUCGUGCCCUUGUGUGAUAGCACAAAAUUUUUGUGAAAAGUUUUGUCAAUGUAGUUCAGAGUGUCAAAACCGCUUUCCUGGAUGUCGAUGCAAAGCACAGUGCAACACCAAGCAGUGCCCGUGCUACCUGGCUGUCCGAGAAUGUGACCCUGACCUCUGUCUCACAUGUGGAGCUGCUGACCAUUGGGAUAGUAAAAAUGUGUCCUGCAAGAACUGUAGUAUUCAGAGGGGGUCAAAAAAGCAUUUAUUACUGGCACCAUCUGAUGUGGCAGGCUGGGGGAUUUUUAUCAAAGAUCCUGUACAGAAAAAUGAAUUCAUCUCGGAAUACUGCGGAGAGAUCAUUUCUCAAGAUGAAGCCGACAGGAGAGGGAAAGUGUAUGAUAAAUAUAUGUGCAGCUUUCUGUUCAACCUGAACAAUGAUUUUGUGGUGGAUGCAACCCGAAAGGGUAACAAAAUUCGUUUUGCAAAUCAUUCAGUAAAUCCAAACUGCUAUGCAAAAGUUAUGAUGGUUAACGGUGACCACAGGAUAGGCAUCUUUGCGAAGAGAGCCAUCCAGACUGGUGAAGAGCUGUUUUUUGACUACAGAUACAGCCAGGCUGAUGCCCUGAAGUAUGUGGGUAUCGAAAGAGAAAUGGAAAUCCCUUGACAUCCGCUACCUCCUCCCUCUCCUCUGAAACAGCUGCCUUAGCUUCAGGAACCUCGAGUACUGUGGGCAAUUUAGAAAACGAAAAUGCAGUUUGAAAUUCUGAAUCUGCAAAGUACUGUAACAAUAAUUUAUAGUAAUGAGUUUAAAAAUCAACUUUUUAUUGCCUUUUCACCAGCUGCAAAAGUGUUUUUUGUACCAGUGAAUUUUUGCAAUAAUGCAGUAUGGUACAUUUUUCAUCUUUGAAUAAAGAAUACUUGAACUUC